UGCGCGCGAUGUUACUCGGAUAACUUGACAUUAUCUUGCGUAUCUUGACGUUAAGUAGUCAAUGCAGUGAGAGGGAAAGUUAUUGUACCAGCGACUGGGAAUUUUGCGAUGACAUGGCGAAAAGAAGAACAGAUUCCCACUGUUUUGCACCAGGCUGCCGCACCGGCUAUCCGGGCGCGCCGAAAGCAUCGCUGUUCGCCGCACCAAGAGACGACUCGCUUCGAAGUAAAUGGGAGCGAAACCUAAGAAGAGCAGACAAGAGCCUGACGGAAUCAUCAGCUGUGUGUGAACAUCACUUCGAAGCGCAUUGCAUAUUGCGCGAUUACGUUCAUGUGGUCGAUGGCGUGGAAGUGCGCAUUCCGAGAGGCAAGCCGUCUUUAGCUCCCGAUGCCAUACCUACGCUGUUGCCGCAGUGCCCAGCCUACCUCUCCGUUAAAGCCCCGAAACAGAGAACGGAAAGGAAGAGACCUGCAUGUUCGGUUCCACUUCGAAGAAAGAAACCGCGCCAGGACGUCGGAAGCGCUGACUACACUAACAACGAACAUGAGAUGCUUGAAGAACCUGAACCUGCAGAAUCGUCGCCUUUCAAGUUUCAGACCCUGCGUUCACUGGCACCAUCGCCGAGGUGGUGCCGCAUUGAAGAUGAUAGUGUUGGCUUGAUUUUCGCGACGUCUUCGUUGAAGAAGCAAGGAAGGCUUGUUAUUUGUCAUGAGCGAGCUGUCAUUUUCAAAAAACCGUUAGGGGACGAAGUUUGUGCUGCCAUUUAUUGUCAAGGCGUUCUGUGCUCAGAAAAAACAAUCGCCUCCGUUGGCGACGCUGCAGCUGUACUGGAUGAUGCCAUGGCAAUGUGUGUUUGCAAGGGAGCAAUGUCGGACAACGAAUUCAGGCAAAUGUUGCCGGUUUUGACGGUGAAGCAGCAAGCAGCAACAUACACCAACGGACUCUACGUCUUCAGCGCCAAGUGCUCCGGGAAGGUCUUGUCCGAUGGACUUAUUUGCCCAGAGUGCAAGUCGCAUCGAAAGCUAUUGUUGACAAGAAAGUCCUGCCAAAAAGCUCGUGUGCCUAAGAAAGGAGCCCUUGCCCAGCGCCUGAAGCUUCAAAGGCAAAAAACCAAGCGUUUGAAGAAUAGCGCCACUGCAUUGAAAAAUCAACUGAAAGCAAUGUCAGCUAAAAACAAAGCCAUCACUGAGGAGGAAUUUACCACUAGGAUAGCAGCCCUUCCUCCAAAACAGCGUGAAGCAACACUUCACAUGUUUAAAUCGGCAUCACGAAAAAGCGCAAAAGGCAUGAGAUAUUCGAAUGAAUGGGUUUUGGAAUGUCUUAUAAUGAAAAUGAAGAGCGCCAAGCUUUAUGAGCACCUGAGGAAAGAAAAUAUUCUGUCACUGCCAAGUAAAACAACAUUGCGCAAAUAUUUGAAGUCGUACAGAACAGGGUUUGGCUUCUCCCCAAAGAUUUUCAAUGUGGUGAGUGAAAAGACAGCCACAAUGGAGGAAUACGCAUGCCACGGUGGAAUAAUUGUAGAUGAAAUGCGCCUUUCUGAGCAUCUUUCUGUAACAACCGCCGGCCACAUAGAUGGUUUUGUAGAUCUAGGUAACUUUACAUCUUCUAAAGAUAAGCAUACACCGUGUGACCAUGGAAUGGUUUUGAUUUUCGUACCGUUCAUUGGGAAAUGGACUCAAAUUCUGGCAGCGUUUGCAACAAGAGGAAACGUCAAUGGAGGUACCUUAACCAAGAUCAUGCUUGAAGCCAUAAUUUUGGCAGAAAAAGCAGGCCUGAAGGUGGACUUCAUCACAUCAGACGGUGCAAGUUGGAACAGACGCAUGUGGACGCUGAUGGGUGUCCAGGCCUCCUUGAAUGAGAUCAAGUGCAGUGCACCACAUCCAGUUGACGAGCACCGUCAGCUCUACUUCAUAUCAGAUUUCCCUCAUCUCCUCAAGUGCCUUCGAAACCGUCUCUAA